AUGAUAAUGAUAAAUAGUAAUUUAUCUCCACAAAGUCCUUCUCUGGCUAACACUGUCACCAAUGAAGAUAUUGGGUCCACAGACAGCCAACAUUUAAAUAACAGCAAUUCCGAUUUAAUAAUGCACGAUAGAGAUAUAAAUAACACUAUGUCUGAAUACCUAAACAGUGAUAAUAAAGAUUCAGAUGUGAAUGAAGAAGUUAAAAAAUUAGGAUUAAGAAGAUCCACGCGUGUUCCUAAACCAAGAGUGUCUGUGGAGAUUGAUUUUGGCCCUGAGAGACCUUAUAAGAAGAGAAAGAAUAAUGGUAAGAAACCUGGACCCAAACCUAAGAGUCAAAAAAAUAAAAAUGUUUUUAAGAAAUCAAAGACAACUGAUCAAUCUAAAGAUACUGAUUCGACUUCCCAAGAAAAAAAACCAUCAAAAGAAGAGUCAAAAGUAGAACAAAAGAAGCAAUCUAAAGAAAAAAUUUCUAAUAAGAAAGUUGUUAAGAAAGCUAAGAAACCUGUCAAAAAAGUUGCUAAAAAGUUAACUAAAAAGGAAUUAAAGGCGCUAAAGAUAUCCAAGGGUAUUGGUCUACAAGAGCCUUCUUUAAGUAAUGCAAAUUGGUCUUCUAAUGCACCUUUAUUAUCCUCGGAUUUUAAAAAUCAAACCAGUGUUGUUUCCAGAUUAAGAAGUCCCAAUACCAAACCAAUUUAUUAUGCCGGUGAUAUUGUUAAAAUCAUGGAAUUUAUCAAUAAAUUUUCUAAUUAUUUUGGUUCUGAUAUACUGAGUCUUUCAUUUCAAGAUUUUGAAGUAGGUUUAGAUCUUUAUCCAUGUUCUGCUCCACAUCAGUCUAGAGGCAUUUUUUCUGAAACCAAGGGUUGUUAUAUAUUAUAUCAAGAUUAUAUUUUAAUAAAGGAAGUUAUUGCGUCUCAAGAUAAAAUGACCCUAGUAUUUGUGACAUUACUAAAACUUUUAUUCUGUGAUGAGAAAGCUUUUGGUGAGCCAUUAGAAUUACAGGAUAUAACUCCAUAUCCGAAGAAAGACUGCCAAUACUGGCUGAAUGAACUUAAUAAGAAUGUUAGUAGUUGGGGGUAUCCAAGGGAAUGGAGACAAUUGACUUCAGCUGAUAGAAGUAACUUUGAAAUUAAAUUCUUUGAUCAUGAUGAUACAGAAUUUAUAGAUCCAGCUACUAAAGAAGUCUUAACACCUAAUUUAUAUCGAUGGCCAGCAGUUAUUAAUCCUGAAUCAAGCCCGCUACAAAAUACUGAGUUGUAUAGUAGAGGUAUUUUAGGAUUAGAACCCAUGGAUAGAAUCAUCUUUUUGCGUGCCUUAGUUGAUUGGUGUUCUUCACAUUCUACAAUUAUUCAUAAUGAAAUACAGCAACUUUCUCAUUUUAAAAGAGAUCCCGCCUUUGGUAUUGAGACCCAACAUGUACCAAGGUAUUUUAUUGAGGGCCCAGAUAAGACAUUUAGAUGCUUUAAAGAAUUGUGUAAAUUGGUUGAAUCUCGUUUUGAAAUUCGUUCUCUUAAAAAACAUUAUAGAAAGCGAUUGAAGGAAGGUAAACAAGUCGAACUUCAGGCAAAACUCAAUUUAAUCAAGGAAAUUAAAGAUACAUUACAGAAUACAGAACCAACUAGAAAAGAAGAAGUAUUCUUUUCUCUUUAUAAUAAGUGGUUAAAAUUAUUUGAAGGUGAAAUCAUUGAUAAUCCUUUAUCUAAUCCAUUUGAUGAUCCUGUCUAUAAGCUACGUUGUCAAGAAUUCUUUAUAGGUAGAAUACCACGUAUGGGUGAUUUCUACAUUCCUAGAUUAUAUUCAUAUGGAAGUGAAAGCAAGAUUAAUACAUUCACUGAUUUGAGAAAAUUAACUGAAAUUUUAGAGAGAUUUUCUAAUGGAAUUUAUAACUCAUAUACUUUGUUUGAAAACUUUGGUCAAACAAUAAGUGGGAAGUUCAAAAUUUUAUAUCACGAUACCCCAUCAUUGGUUCGUGAUGUCAAUAAAGGUAAUGCUACCACUGAUAAAGUUUACUGGUAUGAAAUGUGUCAUGAUUCUAAAACGCUAAAGGAAUUUAUUGAAUUAUUAGAUUAUAAAAUUGCUGUUCCAAUUGAAAAAAAUGUUGAUGAGGGGACAGCAAGUGUUGACAAUCCAGAUACGAACAAAUCAUUAGAUAAUGAUAAGAAUCUUCCUCAACCAGCUGCACAUGUUAAUACAGCUGAAAAGAACUUAGAUACUAUGAUGAUAAAUACAAGUCCAUUACCAAAGGACGCUAAAUACAACACAGCUAGAUAUAAGUUAAAGGAACUAAGAGAUUAUUUAUCAAAGAUACUGUAUUUAUUUGAAUGUUUUGAAGAAUUGAAAGAAAAGUAUGGAGAUAUGAUACCGGGAAAAAGACAACUAAGAAAAAUAAGAAGACAGAAUUAUGUAGACGAAUAUGUUGAAGAUUCAGAUUAG